AUGCCCGAACUGUCGUGUGGUGACACUUUUGCAAGUUUCGAAGACCUGGACAGGGCAGUUCAGGAGUGGUCUCGGUCCAACGCGCAAAAAUUCUAUAUCCGCGACAGUCGCACUAUAAAUGCAGCGUCGAAGAAGACAAAACGCUACCUGAAUCCGGCUUUGAGAUUUUACCAAGUUGUGUAUAGCUGCAUCAAAGGUGGGAGACAUUUCAAGUCGAGAUUACAAGGUCUUCGAAAGAGAAAGACAUUCAAAGAUGACUGCAUCGCGUAUGUCAAAGCAAGGAUAUCGAAAGACGGAUGCAUGCUCGAGAUAAUCGAGGUGAAGGAUGUUCACAAUCAUACGACAUCCAAAGUGCUUUUCAACUACCUUCCACAAGAGAGAAGACUUCCAGGCAACAUAAAGGACGAAGUUCGACACCUCAUGCAACAUGGAGCCAACAAGAAGCUUGUUAAAAGAACUAUUCAAGAAAAGACCGGAAAGAAAGUACUCCUGAAGGACAUUAACAACAUCACUGUCACAGCUACCCAUGAUAAGAACAGCAUUGAGAAGACAGUGCUGCUUAUCCAUGAGAAAUAUGGGUCUGAUUGUGAGCUCCUCCUAGAGGGAGACACCUUCAAAGGACUGCUUCGUUGCACGCAGAGAAUGCAACAAAUGAUGAAAGCCUACCCUGAGUUUCUAGGGAUAGACGCGACAUACAAGUUGCUAGAAAUCAGGACUCCAGUUUACGUCAUUCACGUUGAAGAUGGCAAUGCCUCCUCAGAAAUAAUAUGUGUUGGAGUGCUCGUCAGCGAAGAUUUCCAGAGUAUGGAAUGGCUGUUGCAGACAUUUAAAAAGCUGAACCCGGUGUGGACAGCAACAAAAUGCAUCAUGGCUAAUAAAGACCUAGGCGAACGACGCAUCCUAAAACAGGAAUUCCCACAAGCAACUGUGCUGAUCUGCAUCUUCCACGUGCUGCAAAUCUUCAGAAGGGAAAUCACAACAGAAAAAAUUUCGAUCACCAGUGAACAAAGAAACAAGCUACUCGGUAUUCUUCAGAAAAUGGUGUGGGCAAGAAAUCCAGCAGAUGACACAUACUUGAAUGCACUUGAAAAUGAAGCUCCACAAAAAGUCCUCGACUACUUCGACACCAACUGGAGGCAAUGCAGUGACGAAUGGUCCCUGGGUCCAACAUACAACAAAGGCAAUUUUCUGAAUACAACAAACAAUCGGCUUGAGGCAAUUAAUGGCAAAUUAAAGUCUGCCAUCAAGAAAUUCAGCACUCUAGAAGGAUUCAUCGGCAAGUUGUUCACAAUCCUCUUUGCACUCAGCGACGAGUCUGACAACAAAGCUGCAAUGACGUUGUAUAAGAGACCUUCCAAUCAAGCCAUGGAGAGGGUGCAGAAAAGAUACUACAGCCUUCUCACACCAUAUGCCUUUGAACAUGUCUCUCGGGAACUGAAAAGGAGCAAUAAUAUGACCGACCUUCAGCAGAAUGGUGCCCACUACCUGUACAACUCCUCUGCAGGAGUUGUAUCCAUCACAAGCACGCACUGCAGCUGCCCACUUGUAUCAUCUAUGCUACUACCGUGUCACCACAUCUUCGCUGUACGUGCAAAAGAUGGGGAAGAUUUGUAUGACGAAGCACUGUGUAGCCCAAGGUGGUCACGUGAUCAUUACCUAGGCCAACGUGACCGACUCAACGCUUGCAGCACGACCAUGGAUGCUGACAUGGGAGACCCUGAGUCUCACUGCACAGAAUACCGGCCAACAAAUGUCUCUCAGGAAAAUGUCUGCAAGUGA